AUGAAUUUCAAUGUCUGGAACAUAAAGGAGAUGCUGAGCACACCAACAGCCCUUGGGCCUAAUAAGUUUUCCAUGAGGAGCAGCAAUGCCAGUGACUACUCGAGUCUGAGUGAUUCUCAGCUGCUCUUUGGCUCCCAGUUCUGCCCAGAGAAUGUGCAGUCGGCAGCAGCACCGCUGGAGCUGGGCACGCAGCCGGGACAGCAGAACUCCCAGGAUAGUGAGACCAGUAUUUUUACCAAAUACCAGACAAAACCACAGUUAUUUGAUGAAGAAACAAGAGAAAAAGGUUCUUUUAGUUUUGGUGCAGGAAGAAUGAAAAGUGUCUUGGAAAAUUUUGAAGUGAAUAAGAACAAAAUAAAGGAAAAGUAUGACCGUGAAGUCCUAAGCUCCUUUAUUUCCAGCACCAAAGACAGAUUUCAAGAGCUGCAAGUGUCCUUCGAGAAGCUUGAAGAAAAAUUUGAUUCCAAACUCAAAUCCAAUUUGGUUUGCCAAGAAACCUUUUCCAAGACAUUGCAAGAUGCUCUUCAAAGUCACUCCAACUUGGUGCUGAAAGCUUUGACAGAUAAAAGCCAAAUGGAGCAGGCUCUGCUGGAGAUGGAGAGGAGACUUGCAGCCAAAGAUAUGGAGAUUUUGGAUAUGAAAUCCAGUAUCCAGCAGCUGAAGGAGGGUCAGGAGUCACUGCCAGCCCAGCUGAAUGACCAGUUCCUGAAAAUGUGUAAAGAACUUGGCUUCCUGAACCUAUGUAAUAGCUCAGCUGAGCAGCACACGCUUGUGUCUAGUGCCAGCCUGCCCCCUCACACGACAGAUAAGUCUGUCCAGACCUCCCCUGGGCUGUACCAGCACUGUGUCCUGAGUGAGGAGUACCCACACAGCCCAUGCUGCAGAGGCAAGGGAGUUUGCAGCUGCUCAGGCUGGUCUCAUUUCCCCUGUGUGACAGUGGGGCAGCAACACGGAGACUCCCCUGGAAGAAACCAGCUCAGUGGAGAUGGCACAUCUAAGGGUGGUCUAAACCCAGCUUCAGGAGACAAAGCCAGCCCCAUUGGUACAGCAGCCUGUGGCAGAGCAAGCACCUUUUUGCAGGAAGGGAAAUGCAGCUUGGAGACACAGAGCUGUGCUGCCCAUCUUUGCAUGUGCUGCGCUUGCAGACACUUUUUGGGGAGUAGUCAGAAGAAACACUCUCCUGUACCGCUGGAAAUGCCUCUACCAACCCCACUGAGGAAGGCAUUCAGGAGAGGCACUCGAGGGUUUAAACCCCUGACACUGUCACCGCAGCAGCAGCCUCAAGUUUGCCACCAUUCUGCACAGAAAGUUACACCUGGGCGAAGACACAGCAACUCGUCCACAGACCACGAGGUGGAGAAGGUAGCUGUAGGGAACAAAACAAAACAGAGUCCAGGAAGGAUAUUCUGGAAAAAAGCAACAGGGAGAAAGACAACAUACUUCACUAAGAGAAAAGGCGAACACUCUGGAUGUGCUGACAGUGGGCAAAAGCAGAGGAAGGCAAGUGGUGUUAUUGACUUGGAAAGUUCCAGAAAAAAUUCCCUUUCCAGAUAUUUGGUUGAUAUCAAUUCAGAAAACUCUGACCCAGUUUUUGCAGCUCCUCGUCAGCCAAUCCUCAGCAGUGUUCAGCUGGGGCUUACAAAGAAUUUCCCACCAGUGCCACGCUCUGAUGAAAGCCUGCAACAACUUGCAAGCAGAAGAAAGAGAAGUCUUGAAACUAAAAAAACAAUUAGUGGUUCCAGUGUGAAAAGGUAUCUCUUGGAUUCCUCUCCCGAGCAGGAUGUACUUUCCCUGUGUAGCACAACAGUCAAAGGCAAGACUCAAGUCUGGAUGCUUGAAAGUGCUAUUGCCCUGUUUGAGAUAUUAGGAGUGUAUCGGGAACCAGAAAUGCCUCAGGCACUAAUGCUGAACACAGUGCCCCAGGAAUGGAUACGUGGCAAGGAGCAUGAGUGGGGCACGGUGUGCUACCGCCUGCACACAGGUGUUGUCAUGGGGACCUGA